AUCCCAAAACUCAGGCCAGUCCGAACUACCAUCUUUACCAAGAACAGAGACUAAUGGCAAGUUCACUUGUGGUGAGGUUGCUUAGCUUAUUGAUAGUGUGCCUAGCACUUUGUUCUCCUAAGGCCAACGCAGUGACAUGCGACCAGGUGAUGACCGACCUGUCACCAUGUGUUCCCUACAUAGUCAACGGCGGUGCCACCGUGCCGGGGCAAUGCUGUAAUGGGGUCAGGACCCUCUUUAACCAGGCUCAGACCACACCUGACCGCAAAACCGUUUGCAACUGCAUCAAGAAUGCUAUUAGGAACAUCCCUUACAAUAACAACAAUCUUAACCUCGCUGCUGGCCUUCCUAGGAAAUGUGGGGUAAACAUUCCUUACCAGAUCAGCCCCAAUAUUGACUGUAGCAGAGUGCAGUAAGGUUGAUGGAGAAGUAAUUGAGGGAUGUAGCAGCAUGUGUGUGAAUAAGUGGUUACAACCCACAUGGAAGAUCAUUAGCGAACCUGCUUCUUUGAAGCAUGAUCUAAUCUACUAGUCUUCUUGUAUCUCUGGGUAGUUGUAGGGCCCGUACUGCUUCUAUAUGCUGCUAUGCCCUAGGCAGAGUAAUGCAAUGUAAAAGCAGCUGUUUCCUUAAUGAUAUGCAGUUUGUGUUGGUAGUUGAUUUGAAAA